AAAUCUUAUCGCCCCCAACACUAUACGCGCACAAACGCGCGCCGCUAAGCUAGAGAUGUGAUAGCGAACGCGAAAUAGAAACUCAGUUGAGUUAGCGUUCCACCGCGACCGGUCGCCUCUCGAAUCGACUGAUUUGUGCAACGAAGGAAGUGCCUUUAGUGGAGUGUCAAAGUGUAUUUUUGGAAGUUUUACCAAACAAGUGCCUAGUAGUGUGUAUAUUUUAAGUGUGACUGAAAAUAUAUCGUUUCACUAUGGAAUUAAGAAGGUUGUCCAUAUGCCUGGCGUUCCUGUUGGUCGCUGUUAUCUCACAUAGUUCAGAAGCGAGACACUCGUUGGAGCGACGAGAUGCCGAUGUGGACUUCUUCCAGGAUGACCCAGGCUCCGACAACGAACAGAAUGACGAAGGAGACGAUGAGGAUGGGCCAGUUCCGAAUGCCACCAUCCUCACCAAGCCGGAGGUUUAUAAAGUGCCUAUAGGAGGAAGGCCAGUAGGGGUGCGGUUGGAGUGCAAAAUCGACAUCCCAGAUACAAUGGUAACCUGGAUGAGAGGAGACAUAGGCCUGGUAGUGCUUGGUACACUGAUGGCUGAUCCGACAAAGUAUCAGAAGAGCGGCACCGACCUCAUCAUCAACAAUGUGACGCAAGCAGACGCUGGUGGUUACCAGUGCAAGGUUGAACAAACGCCUCCCGUUCAAAUUGAGCAUCAAAUCGAGACUGUCCAAUCUGCUCAAAUUACGAGCAUCACAGCUUCAGACGAUGGCAAACCUGCCCCAGGAGCCGACCUUACCCUAACUUGCACUGCCACCGGCAUGCCCGCUCCGAAGAUCAUUUGGUCGAAGUUGGUCAACGGACAGAACGCAAAGAUCGGUGAAGGCGCCGUUCACACCAUCAAGAAUGUGAAGGUGGAAGAUUCUGGAACGUACUUCUGCUACGCGAUGGGCAGCAACAACGCAGACACGAAGACUGUUGAUGUCUCUGUUAGAAGGAAACCUAAGGUGCACGUGCACCGCGCCGUUAUCAACUCGGCCAUCGGCGUCGAGGCCCUCAUGAGGUGCAACGUCCACGAACAAGAACCGGUCACAAUCAGGUGGUUCAAGGGUGACCAGGAGAUCGACUGGUCGCGGUACACCACGCGAGGCACCGAGUCCAACUUAACUGUGACACCGCAGUCGGACGCAGACUUUGGCACCUACACUUGCAGGGCCGAAUGUGACUUCGGCACUCACCACCGUUCCAUCGAGCUGGUCGAGACGCCUGUAGUGGAGAGGCUAGAGUCAGACGGCAGCAAACUGUCGUGGUCCGUGCACUCGCACCUGCCCCUCACGAACAUCGAGAUACAGCUCAUUGAUACUGUUAACGGCACCUUGAAGAAGUUCGACGUACCGGUGCCAGACCACAAGACACACGAAUACGACUUUACAUACGUGGUGAACUCAGUGGAACCUGGACACUACGACGCGGUGGUAAAGGUGGAAAACUCGAAGGGCAUGGGCGAGAACAGCCAAGCGGUUGAACUUAAAGAAGUUGAACAAGAUCCUGAACGUAUCCAGGAAGCGAGAAUGGGUCCCUCGCCCGGCGCGGCGCACGCCCACCACCCGACGACGGCGCUCAUCUCCACCGUCCUCAUGUACCUGCUUGUACGGAUGCUGUAAACGUAUUAGUCCCUUUAGUAUUCUUGGUUCGUGGUAAACACACUCGCACCAUUGUUCGAGCUGGGUUAGUUUCCUAAAAAUGCACUUUCAUUAUAACAACUGACGCCACAGCCUUAGGUCGCACAAAAGUUACAGAGAUGUUGAAUAAGGGCCUAACGCAGCGGACAUCGAAACAUUUUUUUUUGCCUCUAUCACUCGAAUACGCAAGAGCGAUGGAGAGUCAGGCCGCGUAGCCAAAAUACCAAUCGCUUACGCUCCGUAGCGAUCGAAACGCAACUGUCACUGUUGCACUAAUAUGGAAGAGUGAUAGAGAGACUCAAAGCGUUUCGUUGUCGAAGCGAUAGCGAUUGUAACCUUGGCUAGGCCGGCAGAUAAAGAUACCGAAAUUUCGACAUUCGAUCUCACAUCGUUGGAACGGUUCGCAUAGAUAGGGCUAAGUAGUUUUUAUACAUCGUCAAACUCAUAUAAGUUUUUACUACUUUGAAUAAUGAAAGUGCUAAAAAUAUGUCCUUUUCACUAUCCAAUACAACCUUAUGUUACAUUAGAAAACUCAUUUAAUUAGGUAACUAAUUAGUGAUUACCGCACAUUAAAGUACAAGUUUUUUUUUCUAAUGCAACAUACGAUUGUUAUGAACUUUUUUUUUUCGUAUUUUCCAUAAUUGGAUAACUUAAUUCGCCUACAGGAAACUAGCCGUUAAGGCUUGUAAGAAUAGAAAAUUGGAAUGGUGUCAGAAAUAGGAUUGUUUACCUUACAGCUAAAAUUGUAGCGCUUAUGUAUUACUAUCUAUUUAUAUUUUUACUGUUUGUAGAAUGUACAAAAAUAUUUUUUGUAUAUAUUUUUGUGCGCGCAUUUUUUUUUAUUCUAAUGAUACCACUUUUGUAAUCGAGCUUUUAGUAUCUUUUUGCAUUUGUGUUUAAUUUUCGGUAUUUAAACAUUUUGUACAAAAAUAUAGACACCGUUUUUGUGUUUCAACUACCUACUUCAAUGUGCGUGUAUUAAAGACAAAUCUUCGCUAUAAUCAAACCGUUGUAUAAGAACGAAGCUGUCUGUAAGUUUUAUAAGUUAUCGCGUACCUAUUAUUUUCAAAACUAUAUGUGUAACUCUUUUUCUAUUUCCAAUAUUAGGUACACGUAUGUUGACAUAAGUAGAAGAAACACCAAUAAGUAUACUUAUUUACCAAGGUACUUUAAAGUGUAAGAUUAAUACAUUAUUUUUUGUAAAAAAUUGAUAGCAGAGAUACUUAAAAAUUAGCAGGUUACAUUUAAGUUAAUCAAUU